UCAUUAGCCACAUUUCAUCUUAUACCUGGUAACAACUUUCAUUCCAUUCUUUCACUCUACUUUCUACUCAAAUUGUAAAAUCAACUAUUCAACCUUGACAUCUGCUCGUUUCUCUCUAGCUAUCUUCAUGGCUUAAGGCGAGAUUCCAAACCAAACGAAAUAUAAUCAGACAAAAACGAAGAUGAGAUAUGAGGAAAAUAUCCGUACUCAGCAAUGUCAGGUAUCCAGCACUUGCCGGAGCAUGUCAUUGCUCAGAUUAAAUCGUCUACCACCAUAACGUCGCUUAACAGUGUUGUCUGCGGCUUGGUUCAGAAUUCUCUUGAUGCAUCAGCUACCAAAAUCACAAUUUCAAUCGACUAUAUUCGAGGAAAUUGCUCUGUCGAGGAUAACGGUUUAGGUAUCGCUCCAGAUGAGUUCACGCCUACCGGUGGUCUCGGCAAACUUCAUUAUACGUCUAAAUUUCCACCUAGUGGCGAUAUUCAUGGACGACAUGGUGCUUUUAUAUCUUCCGUCGCUGCAUUGUCGCUAUUGUCAAUAACAUCCCAUCAUUAUGGUUACCAUUCCCAUAACUCGAUUAAAAUUCACAACACCGAAAUCUUGGCACGUCAUACCCCCUCGUUACCAGAGCAGAGAUUGCUAAGCUUUCCUCAUGGGACCCGCACAACUGUUCGAGAUCUAUUUGGGUCCAUGCCGGUGAGGGUUAAACAAAGGGCGAUUGAUGCUGAAAGAGGCGCCAACGCCAAGAACUGGGAGUCACUCAAGCGUGCCCUCGUAGCACUGCUGCUCGCUUGGCCAGGCCAAGUCUCUAUAUCAAUCCGCGAUUCCGUAGAUGGGCGUAGUCUUACAAUUCGUACUCCCGAAGAAUCCUCAACCCCCGGAGAUGGUAAUUACGAUACGCUUAACCUUAUUACUCGUGUUUCGAGGAUAAUCUUUCAAGCCCAGCUAUCCGAUGAUCGCUCUCGGGAUUUGUGGGUGCCCCUUAAGGCAUCGGCAGGGGCAAUCUCGGUUGUAGGUGCGAUAUCACUCGUCCCUGUAUCAUCUCGACAGAUACAAUUUAUUAGCAUAGGCGUACGGCCCAUCUCUAAUGACCACGGACCAAACGUCAUUUAUGAAGAAAUUAACAGGUUAUUCGCGAACUCGAGUUUUGGGGUAGAAGAAGAGAGCGAAAACUUCAGUGAGAAUAACCAAAAUAAGCAAGUUGACGACCGCCGAAUGAAACUAGAUCGGUAUACCAAUCAGGAUCUGAAGGGUAGAAAGGGGGUCGACCGGUGGCCUAUGUUCUAUAUUAAAAUUACUCUAGGGCAAGUCUCUCGAAUCGCUCACUAUGACGUAGAAGAGAUCAUAGAUGAGCACCACAAGAGUCUAAAAGCAAUCAUGGACGUUUUAUCCGCGGUCGUGUACGAAUUUCUUAAAGCCCAUCACUUUCGCCCAAGGCAUCCUAGGUCUCGUAGGAUCACAUCUAAGCGUUCGAGUUCUUGCGACUUACGCAGACACUCUUUGUCUAGAAGCUCCACCCCGAAAGAUGAAUCUCGAGUGGCUGGGUCCAAGCUAUCUCGAACUCAUAUACCAUCUGCCGGGGAUUUAGCUAGCACUCGUCUUAAUAUCAAGUCUAGCCACUCUAGCUUGCGGCACCCUACUCCUUUCGAUUCCUGGAGUCGUAUAAAAUCAGGACAGCCUCAGUAUGCGCAUCUGUACGAGAAAUCUUCGGAUUGCAACAUUACGGGAUAUACUCGUAGCCAAAACCAACCAACAGCGGAUAUAUCACACUUAGAAGAUAACGAUAAUAUUUCGGAUACGCCAUUAGUUGCUUCGGAUGGUACGCUUCUCCGUAUUCCCUUUCCUGAUGUAGAAAUGGAUACACCCUGGACUAUCCAUAGAUCCACUUCUGAAGAGGAAGGUCUAAGCAGAGCACAAUUGCAAUUAAGAGAAGGCAAAGAGCUCCUAUGGACCAACCCGACAACCAAGGAUACCUUGGUUAUCGAUACUCGUACCGGUUCGGUGAUUCGACCAUUCCAACCUGGAGCUGGGGGAUCCGAAUUGCCUGACGAAAUCCGUCGUCUACCUUUAAGAAAGAAGCUCCGUAUUAACACCAAACCAAUUGCAAGCGAUAUAAGAAGUGAGUGGUUAUGUAGUCUGAUAUCAUCCUGGACCAACCCGGUUUUUGAAAUACACGAGCCACCGAUCCCAGUUGCGUUUGACGAAGGGAAAGUACUCUUUCUGGCAACAAACACAGCUGAGAACGGCUGCCAUGGGUGCGAUUCUGGAUUAUUGGAAUCAUUUCAAACCAGUUAUAGUAUGGAAGGCCGCCUAUCUAAAGAAAGUUUACGAAAUGCUUCUGUAAUAUCUCAAGUCGAUCGGAAGUUUAUACUGGCGAAAGUUCCUUUACCCUCUCCGCCUACCGUUCCAAGUACGGGCGAUAAAAGCCAGCCUUCAUUGCUAGUCAUUAUUGAUCAGCAUGCUGCGGAUGAACGCUGUCGGAUCGAAGCUCUCAUGAAGGAUUACUUCAUGGUUGUAGAGGAUUCUCAAGGCCCAGUCACAGGAAAGCCUCGGUUGCGGAUUCAUGCCCAAGCCGAGCUUCUGGAGAAGCCUAUCGUAUUUGACAUUUCCGUUCGGGACAGUCGCCGAUUUGAGCAGUCUGCCGAGUACUUUAAGCAUUGGGGAGUUGUGUUUCAAGUAAUCUUGGUGCAGAAAUCAAAGCGCGACAGCGUGGAGAAAUCUAAGCUAAAAGUAUUCGGGUUACCACCCAGCAUAGCUGAAAGGUGUCGCUCAGAACCUCGGUUACUCAUCGAAUUACUAAGAAAGGAGAUAUCAAAUCUUGACGAACAUGGGCAUAGUACUUCUCAGCAAACGAGAAUAGAGGCAACUCAGGGAGCUGCCGAUGGCUCCGCUGAACUACACUGGCUGGCUCGGUUUCACGGGUGUCCUAGUGGCAUUAUGGAAAUGAUCAACUCGAGGGCGUGUAGGAGCUCUAUUAUGUUCAAUGAUGUUCUUUCUCACGAGGAAUGUGUCAGCUUGGUGAGCCGGUUGGCGGACUGCACGCUACCUUUUCAAUGUGCCCAUGGACGGCCAUCGAUGGUGCCGCUGGUAGAUCUAAGCAGAAUCCCUACAGAGGUGAUAGAUGUAAAGAAACCUACGGGUAGAUUUGGGCAGCAGUUCAAGAAAUGGAAAUCAAGUAUGGGCAAUAGUUAAACAUCUAUAUAAUUGGAGGAAGAGUGUUGACUGUUGUUCUAAUAUAUACUUGUUAUACUAUUUGCUAUAUUAAGUACCUAGGUACCUAGAUACCCCAUAUGCUAGAGAAGUUCUGAGAA